AGCCUCCGCCUUCCCUCUUCAGAACAGCUUUGCAAACAUGUCCUAAACAGAUGCUGGCACCUCUGGCUGCCACUUUCACCUGGAAGGCCCCUGAGGCUGUGUUGUUGGGAAGAGCCAGUGAGGGUGGUGGCCGGGGAAUUCCCCUGAUGACUGGGGCAGCCAGCCUCCUGGCUCCGAGUGAAUGCUGUGCCUUUAAGAUCCUCUGGGGGGCGGGUUGUCAGCUGCCCGCCCCCAUUCGCGGACUGCUCAAGCGCGGGUGGCUGGAACACUGAAUUUGGAGAAGAACCUGCAGGGUUAUAGAGUCGCCUGAGUGUGUGUGGACCCGGGCCAUGCCCGGCAUGCACUGAACAGAAAGGACAGAGGUUUCCCCGGCUGCAGGAGGGCAAGGCACAUGUCACCUAGGCCAUGGGCAACUUCCAGCUGGAAGAUUUCGCAGCGGGCUGGAUUGGAGGUGCGGCCAGUGUCAUUGUGGGCUACCCUCUGGAUACAGUCAAGACUCGCCUGCAGGCUGGCGUUGGCUACAGGAACACAUUCAGCUGUAUCCGCAUGGUGUACAAGAGGGAGAGCGUGUUCGGCUUCUUCAAGGGCAUGUCCUUCCCCCUGGCCAGCAUUGCGGUCUACAACUCAGUGGUGUUUGGGGUUUUCAGUAACACAGAACGGUUCCUCAGCCAGCACCGCUGUGGGGAGCCAGAGGCUGACCCUGGCCGAAGUCUGUCUGACCUACUCCUGGCUAGCAUGGUGGCUGGUAUGGUCUCCGUCGGGCUGGGAGGGCCCGUGGACCUCGUCAAGAUCCGACUACAGAUGCAAACACAGCCGUUUCGGGAAGCCAACCAUGGAUUGAAGUCCAGGCCAGUUGCCCUGGGGGAACAGGCAGCAUAUCACGGACCAAUAGACUGCAUUGCAACCAUUGUGAGGACCGAGGGCCUGGCAGGGCUGUACCGGGGAGCCAGUGCCAUGCUGCUGAGGGACACCCCAGGAUAUUGCCUCUACUUUAUUCCCUAUGUGUUCCUGAGCGAAUGGAUCACACCUGAGGCCUGCGCAGGGCCCAGCCUCUACGCUGUGUGGCUGGCAGGUGGCAUCGCAGGGGCAAUUUCCUGGGGGACAGCAACUCCAAUGGAUGUUGUGAAAAGUCGACUCCAGGCUGAUGGCGUCUACGUAAACAAAUACAAUGGAGUCCUGGACUGCAUCUCCCAGAGUUACCGGCAAGAAGGCUUGAGGGUGUUUUUCAGGGGCCUCACUGUGAACGCUGUGCGUGGCUUCCCCACCAGCGCCGCCAUGUUCCUGGGUUACGAGCUCUCCCUGAAGGCACUCCGCGGCGACCACACCGUGACAAGCCCAUGAGCGUCAGGAAAAUGUAGAAACUACAGGAAGAACACAGUAAGAAUUCCAGCAGUCACCAUAAGGUCUCAAACCCAGAGCCAAUUUGCACGGUGCCCCCUCCCCUCCCUUCCUCCUAGUGACCAGACACGUCACGCAUGGCUGGAUCUAACUACAAGAUGGCUUCAGUACCAAGACCUCAGAUCUGAGUGGCUGGGCACAUGCCCCAGUUGCCACACAAUGCCCCUCUUUGCCACCCUGAAGAUUGGCUCUUUAAGGAGGCUGGAGGAAGCUUCUGGAGAGCCAAGUCAGGACUGACUGCCCUAGAUUUGGCAUUUGAGAGCAGCAGCCAAGCCAGCUGGAAGCUUUUAAUUCUGAAUGUCCUCUCCCAUCUCGGUAGGAGAAAAGCCACCGAGGGUGGCAGGGGUUGGGGAGUGGGAAGAGCAGGUCCCCUUCAAUGAGAGCGGGUGACCCUAGCAACUUUGUCUCACCCAUGUUUAACAUCCUGCUCAAAACAGAGCCACGAACACCAGGUCCUCUCUAUUGUCUAGCAAGCCUGGGCUUUAGCUUAACAAAGGUUUGGGGCGGUCCACGAUCUUGUGCAGCAGAAGCAUGAACUCGUUGAAGACAUGCAGAACAGUGCCUCCCUCCUCAUCGAGACCCAGCAUGGAAGAGAGGGUGCAUCUCAGACGGUCCUGGCAGUGACCAUCUCCAGAGACCCAGGCACAAGGCUCAGUGGAAACUGUUUCCAAAUACACGAGUGGGAUGGAGGACACAGCUACCCAGUCUUGGGGGACAACACCUUGCUCCCCAUCCAUCCCUGGUUCUGUUUCCUUCCAGGCCACUCCCUGCAGAGUCGAGGAGCUCAGCGGGAACUCUGUGAGGUAGUUAUUUUGCCAUAGGGACAAUUGAGAAAGAGGGUCCUAGUCACUGGUAAGCAGCCAAUUCUUAGGCUUGUUCCCGAGUCCUUCUGUGUCAUCCUUCCCUCCCCUUCUGGGGUCCUGGUACCAGAGCCCUCCUAGAAUAGUGCCGUUCUAUGUCUGCCCUGAUGUGUGUGCUCCAGACCCGGGAAGCCUACUUUCCAUUUACGAGGAGCCUCACACGCAAAGAAGGAUGUAUCCUUCCCGUGGCGCCUCGUUUCGACACUUAUAAAGAAUCCCAGACAGCUGUCCUGACUGCGCAGUGUGUUGGCGGUCACUACCCCAUCUCUGUGGGACGUGAACCGUCUCCAUGUGGGUUGGCUGAGCCUGGAUCCUGCUGGCCACAACUCGAAAGAGGAUUCUUUACAUCCUUCUCUUCCCGGGGCCGACCGGGCCUCGCUCCACAACGGGUUGGUGCUGCUGACGAUACCUGUAGAACCAGCAACUACGAGCCAUUGGAACCAAGGAAGCCCCAGCCAUCCUGGUUCCGUGCCAGGCGGGCCACAGCUAUCACACUGAGUUCAGAGUCACUUCCUUCGUGAUUGCAGGCUCUCUGUUGGUCUCCCCAGCCCAGGGUGCUGGAAGGAAGGAGCAGACCAUGGACCAAGCAGCCAUACCAUCUCUUUGGGCUCUGGAUCAGAACCUAUGAGAAACUGGGGCAAAACCCUGUGUACCCCGGAUGCUGAAAACUCAACUGAGACCUGCAGAGAAGCUCGGGUUGGCACCGAAUGCCCUUUGGGCUGUUUCUGUGUCUCAUGCCUCUGCCUGGCUUCUGAGGGGCCUUGCUCACCCCCACCCCACCCCACCUGUGCUCAGUUUAGGUCUGUAGCGGAACUAAGGGGGAUGGGCAGUGUCAUUUUCUCCUGGGUUUGAGGUGUGCAGGGAGGGCACAGGGACUAGACAGGAUCGUGUAGGAGAGAGAAAUCCAAAGCCUGAGCUGUAGCAUGUGUUGGUGUCACGAAUGGCAGAUGGCAGUCCAGACUUGCAAGGAGGUGGGUGCUCUCCGGACCUGACUUUUAUGUGGAAACCCUCAUUUAAAAACCGUAAUAAAAUGCACGUGUCGCCUA